AUUCUGAUUGGUUGCUAUAGGUAACAAGGAGAGUUCUCAGUGAGUGAUACAAUGUCCUAUACCCCAAUCUACAAUAUGGAAGGGCUGAUGUGUUGGAACGCUCCUGAAAAGAACGCCACUGAUGCCGUCCUGUCUGCCGAGCUGAGGCGGCUGCCAUCUGGGGACCGACUGGACUGUGUCAAAGCCAACGAGCAGUGCCUGAAAGAGACGGAAUGCAGCGCCAAAUACAGGACUCUGCGCCAGUGCGUGGCCGGGAAGGAGACCAACUUCAGCAAAGUCACCGGCCUGGAGGCCAAAGACGAGUGCAAGAACGCCACCGAGGCGCUGAAACAGAAAUCGCUCUACAACUGCCGCUGUAAGCGCGGGAUGAAGAAGGAGAAGAACUGUCUGAGGAUAUACUGGAGCAUGUACCAGAUCCUGCAGGAACCGGUCAUCUCGAAGGGCAACGAUUGCUUAGACGCAGCGAAGGCGUGUAACCUGGACGACACGUGUAAGAAGUAUCGCUCGUCCUACAUAACGCCCUGCACCAGCGGUAUAUCCAACGAGGUCUGCAACCGCCGCAAGUGCCACAAAGCCCUGCGCCAGUUCUUCGACAAGGUCCCGGCCAAGCACAGCUACGGCAUGCUGUUCUGUUCCUGCAAGGACACGGCCUGCUCAGAGCGGAGGCGCCAGACCAUUGUGCCCGCCUGUUCAUACGAGGAGCGGGAAAAACAGAACUGCCUGAACCUGCAGGAGGCGUGCAAGACCAACUACAUCUGCAGGUGA